UUGCUUUGCUCCCCACAAAUUUUCUGACCUGCCAGCACCGAGGCCUCAGACAUUUCCCCAGCGGAGAGUCCCUUUCGUUGUAGGAUUUGUGGAUUAUCUGGGCCCUCGUUGUACAGGAAGGUCAUGGGAAACUGGACUGGGAACUGCCGUACAUUACACCUGCCCACACUUGAUUUCUAGGCUGCAGGGGGGACCGAUUUAUCCAUGAAGCUUACUGGUUCUCUUCCCGGUGGUGGAAGAGGAGCUCGGUGGUCCUUUCCAGCCAGUCUUUGGGACCCUUAGUUUACAGUUAAGAUGGGAAACUCUUGUCCAGUGACGUGACUCAUUACAUGAUCCCAGAUUGGAAAAUUGUUCAAGAUUACCUCGAGAUCCUUGAGUUUCCGGAACUGAAGGGAAUUAUUUUCAUGCAAACGGCUUGUCAAGCUGUGCAGCAUCAAAGGGGCCGGAGACAGUAUAACAAACUGCGGAAUCUCCUGAAGGACGCGCGCCAUGAUUGCGUUCUCUUCGCUAAUGAAUUCCAGCAAUCCUGCUACCUCCCCCGGGAGAGAGGGGAGUCUAUGGAAAAGUGGCAGAGCAGGAGCAUAUACAGCGCAGCCGUUUGGUACUAUCAUCACUGCCAGGAUCGGAUGCCCAUCGUUAUGGUGACAGAAGAUGAAGAGACAAUUCAGCAGUAUGGAAGUGACACCGAAGGAGUGUUUGUCGUCUCCUUCAAGGAUUACCUGGACAAUUUCUGGCCUGAUUUAAAGGCCGCCCACGAGCUGUGUGAGUCUAUCCUUCAGUCUCGACGAGAAAGAGAGAAUGAGAGUCAGGAGAGCCACGGGAAGGAGUACGCAGAGCAUCUUCCCCUGGAAGUGCUAGAAGCCGGCAUUAAAUCCGGGCGCUAUAUCCAGGGAAUUCUGAAUGUCAACAAACACAGAGCACAAACAGAAGCUUUUGUUCGACUUCAAGGAGCCAGCAGUAAAGAUUCAGAUUUGAUCAGUGACAUCCUGAUCCAUGGGAUGAAGGCUCGAAACCGCUCGAUUCACGGAGACGUGGUAGUUGUCGAACUGCUCCCUAAAAAUGAAUGGAAAGGAAGGACCACCGCCCUGGGUGAGAGUGACAGUGAUGACAAGGCCUCGGGCGAGGCCCCGAGCGAGCCCAUGCCCACAGGUGAGCCAGCCAGCCAGUCAUCCGCGUCAUCCCCGAGGAAUGCUUACCUUCCUUCUGAACAACCCAGAAAUACUGCAGUUGUUAAUAAGCCAGGUCGCCUCUUUUCCUACACUCUCAGUUUCCCCUCUCUGCAGGCUUAUUUUAUUCUCAUCAGCACCCAGACACGCUGUAAUAUCUCUCAUCUGAAAGCAAAAGCAAAAGCAAAACCCUCUCGGUGCCCACAUUUCCCUCCAGCUACCGCCCUUUUCUGUGCUUCAGUUUACAGCAAGUCUCAUACUCCUUGGGAUUACAGAAUUCCCAAAAUCCGAAUCAGCACUCAGCAAGCAGAAGCCCUCCAGGACUUCAGGGUGGUCGUGCGCAUCGAUUCCUGGGAGUCAACAUCCGUGUAUCCCAAUGGACAUUUCGUGCGUGUUCUAGGAAGAAUCGGAGAUUUGGAAGGGGAAAUUGCAACCAUCCUGGUGGAAAACAGUAUUUCAGUUGCCCCUUUCUCAGAAGCUCAGAUGUGUGAGAUGCCAGUAAACACACCCGAAAAUCCCUGGAAGGUGAGUUCUGAAGAGGAGCGAGAGCGUAAAGACCUGAGGAGAACCCAUCUCGUGUUCAGCAUUGACCCCAGAGGAUGUGAAGAUGUGGACGACGCCCUCUCGGUCAGAGCCUUGGAUAACAGCAGCCUGGAGCUCGGGGUCCACAUUGCAGACGUGACGCACUUUGUGGCCCCACAUUCUUACAUUGAUAUUGAAGCUAGAAUGAGGGCCACCACUUACUACCUAGCGGACCGUCGCUACGACAUGCUGCCCUCCAUCCUCAGCGCCGACGUGUGCUCCCUCCUGGGCGGCGUUGAUAGGUAUGCUGUAAGCGUCAUGUGGGAAUUGGAUAAAACCUCCUAUGAAAUUAAGAAAGUAUGGUAUGGCAGAACCAUUAUUCGAUCAGCGUACAAACUGUUUUACGAAGCUGCCCAGGAACUACUGGACGGAAACAUCCAUGUUGUUGAUGAUAUUCCAGAAUUCAGAGACUUGGAUGAGAAGAGCCGACAAGCCAAGCUGGACGAGUUAGUGUGGGCGAUCGGAAAGCUGACCGACAUAGCCCGCCACGUCCGAGCCAAACGGGACCGCUGUGGAGCCCUGGAACUCGAAGGGGUGGAGGUUCGAGUCCAGCUAGAUGAGAAGAAGAACAUCCAUGACCUCAUCCCCAAGCAGCCCCUGGAAGUCCACGAGACCGUGGCCGAGUGCAUGAUCCUGGCCAACCACUGGGUAGCCAGGAAGAUUUGGGAGAGCUUCCCUCACCAGGCCCUGCUGCGCCGACACCCUCCUCCGCACCAGGAGUUUUUUUCUGAGCUCCGAGAGUGUGCCAAAGCGAAAGGCUUCUUCAUAGACACACGGUCCAAUAAGACACUGGCUGAUUCUCUGGAUAACGCAAAGGACCCCAACGAUCCCAUUGUAAACAAGCUGCUUCGAUCAAUGGCUACCCAGGCAAUGUCUAAUGCACUGUAUUUCUCCACUGGAUCGUGUGCAGAGGAAGAGUUCCAUCACUAUGGUCUUGCAUUAGAUAAAUAUACUCACUUUACUUCUCCAAUAAGAAGAUAUUCAGAUAUCAUAGUACACCGAUUGUUAAUGGCAGCCAUUUCAAAAGACAAGAAAAUGGAAAGUAAGGAAAAUUUGUUCAGCAACAAAGAUCUUGAGGAAUUAUGCAGACAUAUCAACAACAGGAACCGAGCGGCGCAGCGUUCGCAGAAGCAGUCUACUGAGCUCUUCCAGUGUAUGUAUUUUAGAGACAAAGACCCAGAAACUGAGGAGCGCUGCGUAUCUGAUGGGGUUAUUUACUCAAUCAGGACAAACGGUGUACUUGUAUUUAUACCAAGGUUUGGGAUUAAAGGUGCUGCUUAUCUGAAAAAUAAAGAUGGUUUGGUAAUCUCAUGCGGCCCAGACAGCCACUGUGAAUGGAAACCAGGAUCCCUUCAACGAUUUCAAGACAGAAUCACCUCUACCACAACAGGAGGGGAGUCUGUUACGUUCCGUCUGUUCGACCAUGUAACAGUGAGGAUAUCUGUACAGGCCUCACGUUGCCAUUCGGAUACAAUCAGACUUGAGAUAAUAAGCAACGAACCAUACGUGAUGCCAGAUACAGAGCUUUGUCAGCAGGGUUCCCUCUUGCUAAAGAGUGACUUAGUGAAAGAAGUAACGAGAUCUGUGGAGGAAGCUCAGCUUGCUCAAGAAGUCACAGUGGACGUCAUCGAGGAAGACUGUCAAAAAUACUGCCAAACAAAGGGAAGAAGCCUGUACACACUCCUAGAGGAGAUAAGAGACCUGGCUCUCCUAGAUGUUUCCAACAGUUAUGGAAUAUGAAGUACUCUUCUUACUUCAUUAAAAAGCUUUGUCUUA